AUGGAGGGUAUGGUAAAGAAAUAUUAGCAAAAAUUUAGAAAAGUGAAAGAAGAGAUGAGUCGAUGGGACGAACUUCAAUCUAGGUUGCUUUCCCAGUUCCGGAACUCAUCUUCUAUCAUUCAGAGGUUACAGGUUAUCCAAAAUCCCAAGAACUAUGGUGCCUUGAAAUGUAUUGCUGGCAUUGAAGAUUUGGUCUUGAGAAAGCAGAUGGAAUCUUUGGAAUCUAUCUUGCUUUCCAUGAAUCAGACUCUGGAAGAGUUUCAUGGUAUCGUUUUCUUUCUCAAUAAAAUUCUUCGUGAUGGUAGACAGCUAGUUAAAGCAGGAUCUAUUCAGGCGGCC